CAUCACCACCAAAGCAAACGAUAAUAAUAAUUCAAUCUUCAUAUUCAAGAAACUAGUACCUCUCAACUGCUUCGAUGCCUACACAAUCACAACCUCUCUUUUUCUUCUUCCCAACCUCUACCCUAUCUUAGAUCUCCUUCCAUUCCAUUGCCAUGGCAUAUUCUCAAUCUGGGGCUUCAUCUAUCAGUCUCCUUUUUGGAUUUUUUGUUGUUUGGCAGGCCAGUUUGAGCUUUUUCGCAGUGGCUGAUGAGGUCGAGGCAGGCGGAUCCAAUCUUUGUGGAGCUGAUUUAUCCACCUUUCUUCCACCCCCUUAUAGCAAUAUGUCUAAUAUGAUUUGUUCCCCAGUUUGGAAUACUUUUUCUGUGAGAUACACCCAGAACAAAGACAAUGUCUUGACCAUUAUAUUAUCAGCAGUAUACACUACUGGAUGGGUGGGAAUAGGGUUUUCAAGAGAUGGGAUGAUGGUGGGUUCCAGUGCAAUCGUGGGAUGGUUCAACAAACAAGGUCACGCAAGAAUCAAACAAUACUACCUACAAGGCACAAAGACAACUCAAGUCAUACCCGACAAAGGGGAAUUACCCCUGACUAAAAUUCCCUCUGCUGUUGCUCUUCAUGGGGCUACAAUGUACAUGGCAUUUCAGAUUAAGCCUGAAGAUCGCCUCACUCACCAGCCCAUCCUAUUAGCCUUUGGAAGUGGAUAUCCAGUCCACAACCACCUAACGCACCAUGACGACAAAACAACCAUCCUGUUCGACUUCUCUGCAGGUUCUGUAUCCACUGGAUCCAACGGUGUUGUCGAGUUGAAGAAGAAUCAUGGCAUAUUGGGCAUUGUUGGCUGGGGUCUAUUCCUUCCUUGUGGGGCAAUUGUAGCUAGAUACUUCAGACAUAAGGAUCCCCUAUGGUUUUAUCUUCACAUAUCUAUUCAGUUUGUGGGAUUCAUCUUUGGGCUUGCGACCGUGGUAGCUGGAACGCAACUCUAUAACAAAAUCCAUGCCCAUGUACGUACACACAGGGGCAUCGGUAUCUUUGUUCUUACGCUUAGCAUUCUUCAGGUAAUGGCAUUCUUUCUACGACCAAACCAUGAGGCCAAGACUCGAAAGUAUUGGAAUUGGUACCACCACUGGGUUGGGAGGAUUGCCCUGUUUUUGGGAGCUUUGAAUAUAGUUUUAGGGAUCCAAAUUGGAAAUGCUGGGAAUUCAUGGAAGAUAAGCUAUGGAUUUCUACUAGGUGCAGUUCUAAUCUCAGUUUUCGCCCUGGAAGCAUUGUUGUUCAUGAGGAAGUCAGAGAAGCUCAAUGAGAACCCAGCCUUCCAAAUGAAUCCUGUCAUGUAAUCAAAACCCAAGAACUCCAUUAAAGGUCUUCUCUAGAUUCUUACUCUCAUCUGUACCUAAAGAAGGGUCGGUUCUAGAUUUUGCAUGUCAGGAAUUGUUCUACACUCAACCUCAGCCGCGAUGAACUGCAUUCAGGUUCAGUUUAAACAGAAUCUGAACUGAACCGGAAUUUACGAGUGGUUUGGAAUGUCUUAUGGUAGAAAAAUGGUGAUAAUAAGCAGAUAAGGGUUUGCAAAUUGAGGCCAUUCUAGCAUGAAAAACUUGCAUCCACAGAAUUCAUAAAACUUGCAUCCACAGAAACUCAAGAGUGAUGAAGCUUUGUUUGAGUUACAAGUUUGGUUUUCUCGGCAGCCAAAUGAAAUUUCAUUUGGGAUUAUCGAGCAUUAAUUUUGUUAGCAUGAGCAUAGUUUCAAUUCUUUUGUUAAUGUUUCGUUUGCUUCUGUAGAAACUAUUACUUAGCAACAUAUAUAUCAUUUAGCACA